AGUCACUCACCCAGUCACGUGGUGGUGGAGAAUCUCUUUUACCCGGUCACGUUGGACGUGCUUCACCAGAUCUUCUCUAAGUUUGGGACGGUUCUGAAGGUGAUCACCUUCACCAAGAACAACCAGUUCCAGGCCCUGCUGCAGUAUGCAGACCCCAUCCACGCUCACCAGAGCAAGAUGGCGCUGGACGGACAGAACAUCUACAAUGCCUGCUGCACCCUCCGCGUGGACUUCUCGAAGUUGACGUCGCUCAACGUGAAGUACAACAACGACAAGAGCCGGGACUACACCAGGCCCGACCUGCCCAGCGGGGACGGCCCCUCUGGGGGGGGCGGAGGAGGAGGCGGUGGAGUCGGGGGGGGGGGUAACCCCUACGACAACGCCAUGGUGGCCGCCUUCGGAGCCCCGGGGAUCAUUCAGUCUCCGUACGGAGCGGGGUUCCCGGCAGCCAUCGGAUUCCCCCAGACGCCCGGACAGCAUUACCGCGAGUUACAGCAUUACCGUCUGGCCAUGCCCGGCCAGCUGGGGCCGCUGGGUCUCCCUGCGGCUGUGUCUGCCGUGGCCUCUGCGGCCAUGCGUGGCGUGGCCCUGCCUGGCAUGGGGCCCGGAGUUGGCAACACGGUGCUGCUUGUGAGCAACCUCAACGCUGAGAUGGUCACGCCACAGAGCCUCUUUGUCCUCUUCGGCGUCUAUGGUGACGUACAGAGAGUGAAGAUUCUGUUCAACAAGAAAGACAACGCGCUGGUGCAGAUGGCUGAUUCCAACCAGGCACAGCUGGCCAUGAGCCACCUGAACGGAGUUCGCAAGUACGGUAAGAACAUGCGCGUCGCCCUGUCCAAGCACCAGACGGUCCAGCUGCCUCGUGAAGGCCACGAGGACCAGGGCCUCACCAAGGACUUUGGAGGCUCUCCGUUGCACCGCUUCAAGAAGCCCGGCUCCAAGAACUUCCAGAACAUCUUCCCACCCUCCGCCACGCUGCAUCUCUCCAACAUCCCGCCGUCUGUGUCUGAGGAGGAGCUGAAGUCUCUGUUUGACAACACGGGAGGCAGUGUCAAAGGCUUCAAGUUCUUCCCGAAGGAUCGCCGUAUGGCCUUGCUCCAGAUGAGCUCUGUCGAGGAGGCGGUCUCCUCACUCAUUGAACUCCACAACUACGACCUGGGGGAGAAUCACCACCUCCGUGUCUCCUUCUCAAAGUCCUCCAUUUAGGUGGACACUCGCUCACACACCACUCCACCCACUAGUCCACCAGUUCACCCAUCCACCCACCAGUCCACCCAUCCACCCACCAGUCCACCCAUCCAUGCACCAGUCCACCCAUCCACCCACCAGUCCACCCAU